AUGGCGGUGCUCAAAGACUUUGCCGCUGACCAAGAGCUGCAGACCCCGAUCGGAUACAGGGCCCCAGAACUGUGUCAGCAAUCUGGUGCACAUACUUGUAUCUCAAAUAUCUGGUGCAUUGGCUGCACAAUGGCCGAGGUUGUUCUGGGGAGGCCGUUGUUUGACAUGGAAGAUGAUGAACCAAUCGCUACAUUCCUGGACCGCGUGAGGAGUAUUGUGCAUCCGGAGGGGGAUUUGAACCCCGGACCACUGCAUGGAAGGCUAUUAGACGUGCCUCACCGAUUCAAUGAAUUGGGGGCCAAUCUGAUACAGAGCCUUUUGGUGUAUGAACCUCGGGGGAGGUUGACAGUUCAGGAUGCCAUUGGACACCCUUAUUUCUCCGAUUUCGAUCCAGAUAUGCUGUGUGAGUACAACAAUGCCUCAGACAAAUAG